AGAAGGGUAACCGACGCCGGCGGGCACCCGCCCCACCGCCAUCACGUGACCGGCGGCAGCGCCCGCCGCCACCUGCCGCUCCCCCUUCCCCCCCCCCGACCUGCCCCGGCCGCGCGGUGCAUUGUGGGAGUGUCGGUAAGAUGGCGGCGGCCGCCGCUGGAUUGAGCUGGAGGCGGGUGUCUUCCUUCACGGGGCCGGUGCCGCGCUCCCGCCACGGGCACCGCGCGGUCGCCAUCCGCGAGCUGGUCAUUAUCUUCGGGGGCGGCAACGAGGGCAUCGCUGAUGAGCUGCACGUCUACAACACGGUUACAAAUCAGUGGUUCCUUCCUGCUGUAAGGGGAGAUAUUCCUCCAGGCUGUGCAGCACAUGGAUUUGUUUGUGAUGGUACCAGAAUACUAGUUUUUGGAGGAAUGGUUGAAUAUGGAAGAUACAGUAAUGAUUUAUAUGAAUUGCAGGCAAGUCGAUGGCUCUGGAAAAAAGUAAAACCUCAAGCUCCUUCCACUGGAUCACCACCUUGUCCUCGACUUGGCCACAGCUUUUCUUUAUAUGGUAACAAGUGCUAUUUAUUUGGUGGCCUGGCAAAUGAAAGUGAGGAUUCAAAUAAUAAUGUUCCCAGAUAUUUAAAUGAUUUCUAUGAACUGGAGCUGCAACACGGUUCUGGCGUUGUUGGCUGGAGUAUUCCUGUGACCAAAGGGAUCUUGCCAUCUCCCCGAGAAUCUCACACAGCCAUCAUAUACUGCAGAAAAGAUUUGGGAAGUCCAAAGAUGUAUAUUUUUGGAGGGAUGUGUGGCUGUCGGCUUAAUGAUCUCUGGGAACUUGACAUAGAAACCAUGACUUGGUCAAGACCAGAAACAAAGGGAACAGUACCACUUCCUCGCAGUCUCCAUACAGCCAAUGUAAUAGGAAACAAAAUGUAUGUUUUUGGUGGAUGGGUUCCACAGUCAGCAGGAGGUGAAAUUUCUGCUCAUGAUGGUGAAUGGAAAUGUACCGGUUCAUUUUCUUAUCUUAAUUUGGAUACCACAGAAUGGAUAGGUCUGAUCUCAGAUUGCCAGGAGGACAAAAGUAACUUGUUACCAGGGCCAAGAGCAGGACACUGUGCUGUAGCAGUUGGCACUCGUCUGUAUAUCUGGAGUGGUAGAGAUGGUUACAGAAAAGCUUGGAACAAUCAAGUUUGCUGCAAAGAUCUUUGGUACCUUGAUACUGAGAAACCUCCAGCACCAUCACAGGUACAGCUGAUUAGAGCUACAACCAACUCUUUUCAAGUGAAAUGGGAUGAAGUACCUACAGUUGAAGGAUAUCUUCUUCAAUUACAUGCUGACUCACCAGUGCCAUCAGCAGUUGGAAUACCUGGUACUGGGGUUCCUGAGACAUCAGUGCUGAGUUCACAAGGUGGCUCUUCUCUACAUCAAAGUCCACAAUCAUUGCCUAGUGUCCCUUAUCCAGAAAUGAAGGUGGAUCAUCCCAGCCAAACAAAUAAUGUCAUUCCUAAUAACGUCCAAGUUUCCCUUUCAUCCAACUCAUUACUAAAAGUAGAAGGAAAAGAAAAGGUUGCAGCACCUGAAAACAAGAUUACACAGGAGACUAUGAGAAACCAUGCAGAUGCUACAGGAUUCAAAGAAUCAAAUGCCCCUUCUCUUUUGCCUGUUUGUACAUCAAGUCCUCAGACUUCAGCAAAUGUAGGUGAAUUACAUGACUCGGACAAACGAACUGUAAAUCCUGAUGCUUCUGUAUCCAGUACUGUCUCCAGCACACAAACUAUGGUAACCCAGCAGGCUGUUAAAACUGAAUCAUCAAGUACAAAUGGGGCAGUUGUUAAAGAUGAAACUUCACUAACAACAUUCAAUUCAAAAUCUGAAGCUGCUGAAACUGCUUAUAUCAUGCCUUCGACAAAGGUCAAUAUUGGACAGACAAAUGAUUCACACUCCUCUAAAACUCCACAAAGGCAGAUGGCACCGGUGAAAACAAAAGACCGGCAGUGGUAUGAUGUUGGAAUUUUUAAGAACAGCAGCGCUGUGGUGAGCCAGUUCUACUUGCUGCCAGAAGAAACACUGAGCAUCUCUAACAAGAUGGAAAGUGCAGAUGUACCAGACUACAGGUUACUUAAGAAACAGGAUCUUUUUCCAGGCACAGUGUACAGGUUCAGAGUUGCUGCAAUUAAUGGCUGUGGUGUUGGGCCUUUCAGUAAAAUCAGUGAAUUCAAGACUUGUAUUCCAGGUUUUCCAGGAGCUCCUUCAACAGUCAAAAUCACCAAGAGUGUAGACUGUAUUCAUCUUUCUUGGGAGCCUCCUGCUUCACCUUCUGGAAAUAUUUUAGAAUAUUCUGCCUACUUAGCAAUCCGUUCCACACAAUUACAAGAAAAUCCAAGUCAGCUUGUAUUUAUGAGAAUAUACUGUGGUCUUAAAACAUCAUGUAUAGUGACUGCUGCCCAGCUUUCAAAUGCUCAUGUUGAUUACACUUCCCGUCCUGCGAUAGUGUUCAGAAUUUCUGCAAAGAAUGAGAGAGGAUACGGCCCAGCCACACAAGUUCGAUGGCUUCAAGGUAAAGUCAACGCCAGAUGCAGCAUUUAAAUGGGCUGUAGAUGUGGCGGAGAAAAUGGCGUAACCAAUGCUUUUCUCAGCAGUGCAUGUGAAGUUCUUGAAAUAUUUUGUUCCUUACAGAAGUUUUAAGAAAAUUUAAUUGUUGAAUUUGGCAUAAUGUUUUAAAAAAAAAUUUUAUAUUUCUCAAGCAAAGACAAGUAAGUACCGAAAUGUGGGUUAUUGAGUCUUACCCAGUCCCUCAAAUAAUAAAAGCCUAGUGAGCUUCUGAUUUCCCCAGGCUUCACUUCGGCUCAAAACUUUUUCAUUCUAACAAGAAGUAAUCCAGUUACAUGCAUGAGUUUAAUCAGUUGUUUUGGUUUCUUUUCCAAUCUUUUCCAAUCUUUCCCCCCUCCUUAUUAGAAACGUUUUUUGUAAGGUGCAUUUUUGUGACACAUAUACACUUUAAAGUCUGUAUUGCAGCCAGAAGAGGUUUUGUGAUCUUGUCCCUGCACUUGAAUUUGUGCAGGUUUGUGAUGAGUUGGGGAUGGGAGUGGAUCCACUGAAAAUAAAGAUUAGUUUUUAGCCUGAUGAGUUCUGGCUCACCUUUCAAGCGAGCCAAUCCAGGGGCUCAAAACAAGAAGCUUUGCUGGUGUCUCUUUGUCAUCCCACUCCUUCUCCUUUGUGGCUUAGCUUUCCGCUAGUUGGGAGCUGCUUUUGCUCAGCAAGGGGCCCUGUGAGCAUGGAGGAAAGUUAGGAAUGGCAGAGUGGGGGGAGUGUGCCCACACCCCCUCGGGGAGCAGUGAACUGUUGUAUGGGUUUAGCCGACCUCUCAGUUUGAGGGCUGUGAUCCACGGCGUGUGGUUGAAAGCGAACUGUUGAAUACACCGCUGCUUUUUUUUUAACAUGUGUUGUCCUAAGGUGGAGAGCAAUAAUGAAGAAGUUGUCUUUCAUAAUGUGUCAUCUUCCGAUGCUGUUUUAAUCCCUUAAUUGGCAAGGGGUUUGACCAUGAUGUGUAUCCCAGAACUCUGAAAGAGUUGUUGUUUGAAAGUGUUUGAUGACGUACGCGAUGUGAAAUUAUGAAAUGUUUAACAAUGUCUCCUUC